AUGGAUAUGGAUGGCAACAUUAAAAAAAAUAAAAAUGUCACCACGUCUCAAAAUAUCAAAAUAUGUGAUUGAGAGGUUGUUAAAGACUGAAACAUAUGAGACUACAGGAUGUUUGUACGGUCUCAUGUACGAUGGAACUUUGCUUGUCAUUGGGUUUAGUUUAGAAUAUUUUGAAAAUGAAAAGAAAACAUACAGCCAACUACUGCUCAAUUUUCCUGCUGAGGUGGAGCUUUGUGGUGUAGUUAAAUUUGGUGACACCACAACUUUAGAUUCCAAGCCUAAAGCAAUUCUUCAAGAUGUUGAUAUAACAGAUAAUCCAUUGUUUUUAAUAAUUGAUAAGGAUAAGGAAAUAAAAGCUCAUUUUUUGAUUCAUGAGAAGUUUGAGGAAACAAGUUAUGAUGUAUUUGAAAAUGAGGAUAUCUGGAAACAAUUUUUACAUGUCCGAUUAAAUACAAUACUUCCAUUGUCAUGUGAAGCUACUAUAUCUGGUGUCAAAAGUGUACUUCAAAGUAAAAGGAAAAAGUUAGCUUCAGGACAGGUAUCAUUUCAAAUAAAUGAGAGUUCUGUAUAUCUAUUUGGUAUUGCAUCUGGUGUAGGAGUAACUGGUACAAGUACUGAAGCAAAUAUCGGGGAUCUUGUGGAUUCUUGGAACCCAGAGCAAAUGUCAAAAAAGAGGAAAUACAACAUAAAUAAUGUUGAACCAGUGUCAGUUAAUUUAGUAUUGAAAGCAACAAAGGACAUGUUAUCAGAUAAGCUUGUGAAGACUGCUGUUAAAAUGAUGACAACACAAAGGAAACCUGCAUUUUGUAUAAGUAUGCCGCUAAGAGUAGAUACAAUAGCAAUGGUUCAUCGAAACACGAAAUUAUCAGAGUUAUACAGUAUACUUGUUGAAGCAACAUGCAGAUCACUCAAGUUACUUGAAAGCGUUCUUCUAGAGCAGUUGGGGCAAGAGGGCAUUGGUGAUGGGGCAGGCUUGAGACUGCCGGAGACGUUCCACUAUUUAUCACCAGAAAUUGGCCAUUUCAUCACUCGGGUUGUUCCCAAAGGAAUACCUGAUGAGAGCAUGGAAAAAGAAAGAAUAUCGCUUCACGAACAGUUGGAUUUACCACUUACUCGACCAAUGUUUAGGCGAGGGAACGCAUAUAUAUUCAAAAGCCCUAAACUAAUCAACCCACACGAAGGAAUCGCACCGCAGUAUCGAGGGAAAAUUGCCACCGUUCGCGGGAAAUACCUGUAUUGCCAUUAUAUGCAGGAUAAUUUCAAUGAUGAUGGAUGGGGCUGUGCUUAUCGUUCUAUGCAGACCAUAUUCUCUUGGUUUAAGUAUCAAGGAUACAGUACACUAGAUGUGCCAUCUCACAAAGAAAUCCAGCAGUGCCUUGUCAAAAUAGGGGAUAAGCCAUCCUCCUUCGUGGGUUCUAAGCAAUGGAUUGGCUCCACCGAGGUCAUGUUUGGUCUGGACACACUUAUUGGAGUACAAUCGAGAAUUCUGUUUGCAAAUACUGGCUCUGAACUGUUGACAUACACCCCGGAGUUGAUUCAUCAUUUCCAGCAACAUGGCAGUCCCAUUAUGAUAGGUGGAGGUGUCUUAGCCCAUACGAUUAUAGGAGUAGAAUAUAAUGAAGAGAAAAAUGAGACUCGCUAUUUGAUCCUAGACCCGCAUUACACUGGCGCUGAUGAACUCCAAACUGUCUUAAGCAAAGGCUGGUGCGGGUGGAAGACAUCAGAUUUUUGGAACAAAACCGCACAUUAUAACCUAUGUCUCCCACAGACGAAACCUUGUGUAUAAGUGUUGCCAUAAAUUAUAAUGUUGCUAUUAAAUGGCAAUGUUGCUAUUAAAUGGCAAUGUUGCUAUUAAAUGGCAAUGUUGCUAUAGAAUGGCAAUGUUGCCAUGAAUGAUAAUGUUGCUAUUAAAUGGCAAUGUUGCCAUGAAUGUUAAUGCUGCUAUUAAAUGGCAAUGUUGCACUGAAUGAUAAUGUUGAUAUUAAAUGGCAAUGUUGCAAUAGUUUCAAUAUUAAUGUUGAUAUCGCAUGCAUUUUUAACACCUUUAAAGGAAAGCAAACCAGUGAAUAUAACAGAAUUAUUAAUUUUUCAAUGUUAAUUAACCGAAAUUAUAUAUUGCGUUUAAUAUUGUAUUUAAAAUUAAUAUUUAAUGAUUUUACAAAUACAUUUCCCAUGGCAUUUAAAUUUCAUGUGAUAUUUUUUUGGAGUAGCUAUAUUUGCAUGCUUCAACCUUUUUUGAGGUCUGGGCCUCAGAUGUGAUUCGUAAUCACUUUUAAAUAGGCAAGUAGGUGAUCAGCCUUCUGAACCUGACACGUUGUGGAGUUAUUGGGUAGGUCGUUUCAUUUCCUCACAUUUUCGUUUAGUAUAAAAUGCGCAAAAAAGUCCAUUGUGUACAGCCAGGUUUGACCCUAUGAUCUAAUGGAUGGGAUGAGAGUUGCACUCCAACACUCUUCAUAGCCAACACAAAAUGUAAUAAAAAUAAUAUCCAGCUAAAAAAAUAUACUUAUACCUUACUAAAAACUGUAAUCCUCAAACAAUAGUUUGAGGAUUACAGUUUAGUUAGUAAUAGAAUAAAAAUAUUUUUUUUGUUUGGAAAACUUUGGCACCCCGGUCAAUUGCGUAUUUGCAAUUAACGUGCAUACUAUAAAGGCAAAAUUUAUUUGAACAAUGUAGCAUACAUCUGGAAUGGGAGGUAUCUCAAAUAUAUGUAAAAUUAUGGGUUGGUGAUGGUGACUUUAUAAAAGACAUCGUUUUGAAAUAACUGUUUCAUUCGUCUUUAAGUACUGUGGCAACUUUCUACCGAAUUUUAAAACGAUCGAGAUCUGUAGCGGCCCAUAGUAAUGUAAAGUUACUAUGGGCCUAUAUACACUAGCUUAUUAUAGGGACGUCAAGUUAACAAAUUCGCCCAUUUGCUUAUUCGCAUAAAUGUUCAAGUUCUCCAUACUAAUAUAUUUUUAUGAUAUAAAACAAUUUAGGUAUUAUUUAUGCUAAGGGUGAAAUUUCAGAACAGUAUUCAAUUCAGUUUCACAAACCGUCAAAUUUAUGACGUUUGACGUUGACAUAGACAAGACUCUUUAAAUAUUGAAGAACGAUUCAGAUAAGUCUGUAAGUCAAAAAUGUAUUGGAUUUUGAUUUACGGGCAUUUUUAAAUCUUAACCAUUGUGUACGGCCAUAAUUUUAAAACCCUGGGGUGAAAGGCCUUUACUUUGAUGUUCGGGCUACUAUCAAUUGCAUAUAUGUAUAAUCCAUCCUUUAUACCCAAUAUAUAUUUAAUUUAUAUCUGGAAAACAAGAAAUAAAAAUCCAUCCAUUGUCUACGCCUUCACAUUUGAACAAAAAGCUGCUAUUAGCUUUUAAAAAAAAUUCGUUGGCCAAUGUUUUAUUAAUGACUCAAGUUGUAAGUUUAAUUCAGUUAUUAUUUUUAUAUGAAAUAAAUUAUUACUUGGA